AUGAUUCCUGUACAAAACGCAGAGUUAGUGGAUAUUAAAGAACAACUAAAGUUUCAAAAUCAUGUAAUCCAAGCCAAGGUGAGUGUUUUGCUGUUUUUCAUUGACGGAACAAUUUGACACGCCGUUCAGGGGUUCAGUUUGGUUGUCGAUCGGAUUCUGAAGCGAACAAUCAGCGGCAAAAAUGAACAGAAUCAUCUGAAAGUGCUGUUGGAUUGUUUUUGUGAUUUCGGUGAUUAUCCAUUCGAUCUUCUGCUCAAAUCUCUUCCGAUUCUCGUAAAGUCCGGUAAGUCUGUUUUAUGAAAUAAAGACAAAGUUAAAAGUAUUCUUGAAGAUAAUAAAUGGAAAGAUGUGAUUCGAGACGAGUUCCUGAUGCGGCUGCCGAGGAUAAAACACACUCAGAGAGCGUUCAAAAGUCUAAUUGAUACCUGCGAUCUUUCUUGCUCGUAAGUUUUCACUCAACACUGAUAAGUCUAUUUUUACAUUUAGACAGUUUCUCUCAUUUGCCACAAAAAUCGACAACGAAGUUCUAACAAGAAUGUGCUUGAACGCGAUUUCCAGCAGAAAUACUCUCAUUAUACGGCAAUUCUUCUAUUUUCCGAAUUACUAACUGAUGAGCAGAAGAAGCUUCUGGGCAAUGAUGGAAAGCUGCAAACUGUGUUUCUGAGACACUUCCCGCAUCUUUAUUCUUACAAAAAUAAGGCUCAACAUGACAAUGAAAAUUUCCUUCGCGGUAGCCCUAUUCUGUCAGUCAAUCGUCUAUUGAAUUUUUUUCAGAAUGCUCCGAGCAGGAACUACUUCAACAUUCUCUUCAGAAUCUGAACAUAUUCCAAACACUGCAGUUGAUGCAAGAGAGACCGGCGAUCCGUCAGAAUCAGAAUCUCCGAAGACACUUUCUUUAUGUGCCGUAUCGAUUUCUACUGAGAGAAUGCACGCAAAUCGUCGAUCAAGCACUAAACGAAAAGGAAUUAGAGAAGGAGAACCGAGAAUUGAUGGCACAGCUCACGGAAUUCGAGAAGAACAAGAGUAGCAUCUUGCCACCAGAUUUCGACAAAGAGGAAUUCGAUUUGGAGAGCCUGUUCCGGCACGUGGUCACCCGGCAGAAAUUGGCCACAUUCGUCCGAUUUUUAGAAAACUACAAAGACGAAUUGACACUGUUCCGAAAGGCGCACAUUCUUCCGUUCCUCCCUGCUCUUCUCCCGUUCACAACGGACCCGCCACUUCAAAAGAGGAUAUGUCAUUUGAUGUGCCACUUCAUUAAAAGUGCUCCAGAACAAGCGAACGGAUACGUCUCCUACUUCAUCACUCUUUUCUACAAACCAUUCUUCCCCAUUUGCAAAUCACUUGUUCUUGAUACACUCCAAGGCUUGGCUGUCAAUCGGGUGAGUUGAAUCAUUAUAUCAGAAUAACUUUUAAAGAAUCUCUUUCAGUUCGUACUCACUCCGAUCGUCGCCUUCCUAACCAAAUUCGCUCAAAGUGGAGAUCAACAAGUGAAAGCGCUUCGAUGUCUUUCCAAUAUUGUUUCCAAAUACCCCUCAACCAUCGAGCACAUCUCUCAAUGCAUCGUUUUGAGCCGAAAAGAAGAUUCGGAAGAACUUCUGCGUGCUCAUUUGAAUCUUGCCAAAGAGUGCUGCAUUGCAACGUAAUUGAUGCCCGCCCUUUCCUUUUCAACUUGAUUUUUUCAGCGAUGACAAUGAAUCAGUACUCAAGAAAAUAUCAGAUGUACUGAAAGAGAAUGGAUUUCGAUUGGCUGCCGCAGUAGACACUGUUCAUGAACUUCUGAAGCAUAAUGUGCUCGAUUUGAAGCCUUCUUUAAAGCAACUCACAAAGAAAGUGCGACUGGCAGGGAAUGAGAAGGCUUUGGCAAGUUACUGUAGGAUACUUUCGAGAGGAAGCCUCCCUGACCCAGAAGAGAGCGACGAAGACAAUCACGAACUGAAGAUGGAUUGCAUCAAAGAACUGCAUGAACUGACGAAGAGUUCCGUUCACGAGGUGGCCGCGGAAGCAUGGAGAGCAAUGGGAGAAUAUGAAAUGGUCGACAUCGAGGAGGCAGUCAAACUGCCAGCUUCCUCGUUCGGAACUGCAUACUCAAACGUUCCGAAACAACAACAGGACGGAUUUGUCGAUUUUUUGGAUAAAUGCAUCCAAAAAGAGGUGGAAUCAUAUCAAAGACCGCUGUACAACGUGGGAACGCAGUCAGCCGAAGUGCCCCCAAUGCUCUCUAAAGUUGACGUUUUCAAAGAUCAGCUGGUGAUCAAGAACAAGGAAGAAACGUGGUUCUGGUCGGCAACCCUUCCGCUGACCGGACAGAUUCUCCAGUUGGCCGCCCCCAGCAGCAAGGCCCUCAACGCUGUCCGUCUGCUCAAAUCGUGCAUCAUCUCGGUUCCACUCUCGAAUUCCCACGACGAAAUGAUCCGUCUGAUGGCCGGAUGGAGGAUUUGUAUCAGAGAGACGUUGAACGCGCUCGCCGAGUCGAAAAGCAACGAUCUUCUCUGGGCUCGCGAUCAGAUUUGCCAGGAGGGUAAAGUCAGUCUGACGCAAAAAGCGAAUGUGUCGACAAUAUUAUGAUGAUUCUCACGGUGCUCGCGGCUGCAAUUGAAGAAAAACUGAAGACGAUCGACGAUCAGAAGCAGAUUGACGAGGUUGUGAGGGCGCAGAAACCAUGGCUCAUAUCAGUUUUUGAAUUCGUGGCGACUCGUCUCCCGAAAGAAGUGAAGCAGAAAAGAGAGCAGAAGGUAAAUCCGAUCUACCAAGUGCUCACUCACUCGAACAAGUCUUCCCUGUUCAUCGCCAUCUUCUGCACUCGACUACUCUACCGUAUUCCAAGCAUUUUCGAGUAUUACGGAGACGGUAGCGAACUAGGACUUGUGGGAGACAAUAUGUUCGUUGCCUUACUGCAAAACUCCUCAAAAGAGCUCACGAAGGACGAGGUUCCGGAUCGGAGAAUGCUGUGGGUGACUGCAGAAGCAUACGGUGCAGAUGGCAUGACGGCGAAGGCAUUCGAGUCCGUUUAUCAGACUGUGAUCGAUGAAAAAACUGAAAAGGUUCCAGUACCAAGCUUCGAGAAGAAUGAAGAUGUCGAGAAGUUUUUCACGGCGUUGAUUUCAUUGCCGAAAGAGGAGGCGAUUGAUAUUCAACAGAAAUCCAGAAAGGCGCUGGAGAAGAUGUGGAACAACGGAACGGAGGAAGUCAAACGGAAGAUCUACGAGGGACUGGCCGAGUUGGCAUUGAUUUCCGGAAGUGCACGGAAGAAAAAGACGCUUCCAGUUGAAAAGCUGCCGGAUUCGAGUGUUUUGAAAGGAGUUCUUCAAAUUUUCGAUGAAAAACACAACUUGGAUUCGAAAUCUCUGCAGAACCUCAUUCGAUCUUUCGUGAACAAGAAACGAAAAGACGGUCGGUUCCUGCCGCCGCUCGAUUGGCUGAGGAUUCUCGAACGGAGCUCUUGGCAAUCGGUCCAAUCGGAGUCUCGUCAGCACAUUGUCGCAUUGGCGUGCGAACAGAGCAUCUCUGAAGUCUUAUUCGAAUUAGCAUCAGAUCUGAACAGCCAGGAAAUACUGGUGAUUGCUGACCACUUCCCAUCCAUCUCGAAGCUGUUGCCGAGGAAAGAAUUUGUGAAUGUCCUCGAGCAGAUGAUCGUACGAGCGAGAGACGCAGACGAUGAUCAGGAAUCAGAGAGAAUCGCGAAAGCAUUCGGAGCCAAUCAAAAGAAUCCGAUCAUUCGAAUGUUCUUAUCGAGACAACUUCCUUCACUUGAGUCUGUCGUUGGGCUGAGUGAUCCAAUUCUGAAGGCGUUGCCAGAGCCCGCCGAGUUCAGCGGACUCGUCUCGAAAUGUUUCGAUCUGUGGAAGGAGGUUCGGAACGGCGAGAGGAUGAAUAUGAAACAGAGUUGCGACAUAGUCGUUGCCGAGGAGAACUGCAAUAAACGAAUGUCAAUGUACGCAUUGAUAUCUCUGGAAGCUGGACGGAUGUCUGUCAAGAAGCGAUUCGACAAGAUUCUCGACGUCAUCACUGCCAGUAAAAUCGCCAGAAGCCUGUCCGGAGACAUGUCGUCGUUCCUCCCCAUCGUUCUUUCGCUCAUCGUCUCUCCGUCAGCAGAUGUGGAUAUUCCCGUGUGCUGGUUUGGCAAUGAGGAAUUCAUCGUUCAAAUGAUGACGGCGGCACGAAGACCAUUUAUUAAAGUGCUCCUGGAGAGUGAGGAGAUGAGGAACAAUGUGAAGCACGUAAGAGUUCAGUGUUAGUAAGCAUAUACUCAGAAUUAUUUCAGAUUGGCUCGUUUCUGCGGAUGUAUGUGGAAGGAGAAGAGUCGAACUUGUAUGAGCAAUGGCAGAAAAGCGUGGCUUCAGGUGAGCUGAAACCUGCACGGUGAUUCUUUGCGAGGGCGCAGUAAGGAGAGGCUGAAAGUUCGGGCCCCGUCCUGUGAACUGUCGGAUGCUUAUUUCGCCGGCCGGCGGCGCCCUCUCCAAGCCUUUUUCCGCUAGUCAGAACUUCAGACGCGUGUUUUUUUGCAGAAUACUUAUUCAUUUUUCCUAAUUUUUUGGGAAUAACUUCAUUGUGAUGUAAGCUAACAAAGAGACACAAAAAGCACGCUUGGGCAUGGCUGCAGCCAUUUUUUGAGAAAAAGUUAUUUGUUCAGUGGCCUAUAGACAUUUUUGCGAGUUUCUUGUCGCUCUUUGUUAGUUUUGAUAAUAAUGAACGCAUUCACUAUGACAAUGAAUAGGAUGAAUCAGUAUUUCUCGGGCGACGCGCAUCUUAAGUUCCUAAAAAUGGCGGUCCAACAUAAUAGAACUGGGCAGAAUAGAACUGCGCAGAAUAGAACCUCGACACAAUAAAAUAAAUAGAACUGUUUUUGUGUAUUUAUAUGAGCAUUUUGUCCGUUCCUUUCAAUUAACUUUCGCAAAAUUUUUCGUCUCUCGAACAAUUAACCAGAAGACCACAGUUUAUACCUAGAAAAUUGGUUUCCCUUCGUUUUUGAUAGUACAAUAAAAUUAUUUUCUGUGGGUUUUCGUUACCUUAGAGAAGAGGGAUCACGACGGAAGUGAAAUUAAUAAAUGCUAUAAAUCGAUCACGAGAUUCCAAAAUUAUAUUUUCUACGAAACAAUUAUUCUACAGAAAGGUUUGAAAGGCGCUCCAAACAGUUAUAUUGUGUCGCGGUUCCAUUAUGUCGCGGUUCUAUUCUGCCCGGUUCUAUUCUGCCCAGUUCUAUUAUGUUGGACCGCCCUAAAAAUAGCUCGAGGGGCCUAACUGGCGUGGCCUAGUGUUUCUGGUUCAGCCUCGCAAAGAAUCACCGUGACCUGUUUAAAGAGUGCUUUAAAACGUAUUUUUUCAGAUUUGCUAUUAUCGAUCGUUGCGGUGUUCCCCAGAGAGGCUCUUCCGAUCAUUCGCGAGGAAUCGAACAACUUCUGGAGUGCGAUCCUUCCUAAUCUUUUCGCUGCAUCCCAGAUCUCUAAUAAUUCCCCGUAUGGCAUGUGAAUUUCCUGUGAUUUUUAGUUCAUAUUGCCGUGUUCCUGCUAAAUUUUAUGAAUCGUUUGUAGUUGAAUCCGCUCUAUUAUAUUCGCUGUUGCUCGGUUGCUCCUACCGAAUUUUAUCUGCACUUAUUUCUUUUCCGCUCUUUCAACUCAAUUGUAUUGCAGAAUGUCUGUUGAACAGCACGUGCCGAAUGAUCAGUUCCUGCAGAAACUAACCGCUUUCUACAGAGAUUCGAAGAUCCGCGGACCACGCAGCGUCUAUGUCACAAUGAAACCAUGUCAGUGACAAGUUUAAAAAUGUCCGUUCCUAAACUGACGUUUCUUCAGAUGACGGACGUACGAAAGCGACGCCGAAAGGAAGCCAAUUCAAGGAGGGCGACGAGAUCUCUUGCCUGUUCAGGGCCAAGUGGGGGAACAAGAAGAUUGCUACCGAGGUGGGAUUUCAGGCAAAGUAAAGAUUCUGAAAGAUUCAUCACAGGUGAAAGCCAAGGAAGUGAACAAGUUCCACACACAGUACUCUGCAAUCAUCAUCGGCCAAAUGGUGAAUCUGGAGAAGCGGAAGAAGACUGACGAAGAGAAGAAGAAGACGGGCGCCACGAAGUCCUGA